UUUUAUUUUUACACCAUACGGGGACAAUACUAGAAAACACUAUGAAUUUGGAGCUAUUUACGCAUUGUCAAUGCCACUGAAAUCGAUCUACCGGUAGGUAGUACGUGAACUCGCGCCGCUUAGUUAAGACGCUUGUCAACCGAACAAAAAAACUCGCUUUCUUCGCAGGAUAACAAGUAUUUGGAAGAGUUGUUUUCAUAAUGAUUACAAAUAAACUACUAUAUCGAUGAUCGACCCCCCAUCCAUAAAUAAAUCCAAGACACCUUGGAAAAUGGACAAAUUCGUGGUGCGUCUACCAAACGGGGAAGUACCCAAGGAAACGAAGGGUAAAGAAAAGGUGUAUCGACAAGCAACUAUUGAGUCUCUACGCAGAGUGGUGGUGAUCGAAGACAUUGAAAGGUACAAGUCCACGCUGGAACUGCCUGGCCAGACCAAGGAGAAUCUGCUACUAGCCCUGGCAGAGCUCAACAAGAAGAUGCCGUCCAAGGAGGUGCUCAAGUCAACCAGAAUAGGCCACACUGUUAACAAGAUGCGUAAGCAUCACCCCGACCCUGAGGUGAGUUCCCUAGCGGCUGAAGUGUACACUGUAUGGAGGCGCUUCAUUGAAGAGCACUCCAACAAGCCCUCCAUAGAAGUACGCUGUGACAAGCAGACUGAGGGACUGAGGAACAACGCCAGGAGAAUGUUGUCUGAAGCUCUGGAAGUGGAGACAGACAGUGGUCUGGUGGAGAACAUAGAGAGAGAGGUAUUCCACCAGAGUUCUCGGCUGGUCAGCGGCUCCUACAGACGAACUAUCAGGAAGCUGGUCUUCGCCCUCAAACACCAGCCAGAGGUCAGGGGUCAAGUCAAGGAGAGUAAGAUCCCAGUAAACCAGCUGGUGUCCACCCACAAGAAGUAAAUGUACUCUGUUCAGAACCUUCUCUAUGGAAAAAAUAUCUAUACAUACAUACAUACAUACAUACAUACAUACAUACAUACAUACAUACAUACACACAUACACACAUACACACAUACAUACACACACACUGUACCGGUCGAAUGUUUGGACAGACCUACACAUCCCAGGGUUUUUAUUUAUAUUGUAGAAUAAUAGUGAAGACAUCAAAACUAUGAAAUAACACAUGGAAUCAUGUAACAAAAAAAGUGUAAAACAAAUCAAUAUAAUUUAUUUUGAUUCUUCAAAGUAGCCAACCUUUGCCUUGAUGGCAGCUUUGUACACUCUUGGCAUUCUCUCAACCAGCUUCAUGAGGAAUGCUUUUCCAACAGUCUUGAAGAAGUUCCCACAUAUGCUGAGCACUAGUUGGCUGCUUUUCCUUCACUCUGCGGUCCAACUCAUUUUGGGGUGGCAGGUAGCCUAGUGGUUAGAGCGUUGGGCCAGUAACCGAAAGGUUGCUAGGUCGAAUCCCCGAGCUGACAAGGUAAAAAUCUGUCAUUCUGCCCCUGAACAAAGCCCAUGUUACCCCUGCCCCUGUUCCUAGGCCGUCAUUGUAAAUAAUAAUUUGUUCUUAACUGACCUGCCUCGUUAAAUAAAGGUAAAAAAAACAAAUGCCAAAACCGUCUCAAUUGGGUUGAGGUCGGGUGAUUGUGGAGGCCAGGUCAUCUGAUGCAUCUCUAUUGGUCAAAUAGUCCUUACACAGCCUGGAGGUCUGUUGGGUCAUUGUCCUGUUGAAAAACUAAUUAAAGUCCCACUGUGCGCAAACCAGAUGGGAGGGCGUAUCUCUACAGAAUGUUGUGGUAGCCAUGCUGGAUAAGAAUUCUGAAUAAAUAACUGACCAGCAAAGCACCAUCACACCACAUCCGUUCAUCUACUCUGCGUCUCACAAAAACACGGCGGUUGAAACCAAAAAUCUCAAGUUUGGAUUUAUCAGACCUAAGGACAGAUUUCCACUGGUCUAAUGUCCUUUGCUCGUGUUUCUUGGCCGAAGCAAGUCUCUUCUUAUUGGUUUCCUUUAGUAGUGGUUUCUUUGCAGCAAUUCGACCAUGAAGGCCUGAUUCACACAGUCUCCGCUGAACAGUUGAUGUUCAGAUGUGUCUGUUACUUGAACUCUGAAGCAUUUAUUUGGGCUGCAAUCUGAGGUGCAGUUAACUCUGAUGAACACUUGGACUAGAUCAGGGAUGAGGAACAGUGAUGGGGGUGGGGUCACAAAAACAUGAACAUAUCCUCUGCAGCAGAGAUACAUCUGGGUCUUCCUUUCCUGUGGUGGUCCUCAUCAGAGCCAGUUUCAUCAUAGCGCUUGAUGGUUUUUGCGACUGCAAUUGAAGAAACUUUCAAAGUUCUUGACAAUUUUUGUCUUGACUGACCUUCAUGUCUUAAAGUAAUGAAUUUCUGUAGUUUCUCUUUGCUUAUUUGCCAUAAUAUGGACGUGGUCUUUUACCAAAUAGGGAUAUUUUCUGUAAAUCCCCCCCUACCUUGUCACAACACAGCUGAUUGACUCAAACGCUUUAAGGAAAGAAAUUCCACAAAUCAACUUUUAACAAGGCACACCUGUUAUUUGAUAUGCAUUCCAGGUGACUACCUCAUGAAGCUGGUUGAGAGAAUGCAAAGAGUGUGCAAAGCUGUCAUCAAGGCAAAGGGUGGCUACUUUGAAGAAUCUCAUAUGUUUAACACCUUUUUUGGUUACUACAUGAUUCAAUGUGUUAUUUCAUGCUUUUUUUUUUCUUUUUCAUGCAAUGUAGAAAAUAGUAAAAAAUUAAGAAUAGCCUUUGAAUGAGUAGUGUCCAAAAGUUUGACUGGUGCUGUAUAUAUAUAUAUAUAUAUAUAUAUUCAAAGCGUGUAGUCAAACCUAACAAGUAGCUAGCUAACCCCAAUCCUAAAUCCAGCUGCAGAAGACUGUUGAAGUGUUUGAGAUCGACUCUGCGGUCGGACUGAGCAGAAUCACUGCUCCCCAAAUAAAGAAUCAGAUUCUUUGAUCAAGAUAGGGGGAUUCUGAGCUUCGCUUUGCUCAAAUGGAUCUACUCAAACAUGUUGGUAGCUAAACCCAGACCCAUGAGACCUGCUGCAAAGGAAGACUGCGACAUGCCAGUUGUUUCUGGACUGGUGCUUUAAAAAUAAAAAAGCUGGUCUCCAAUCACAAGAAGAAGCUAGCCACUUAGCCCCGAACACCUGUCUGGAAACCUGGGACAUUCUGGCAAAUACUGGACUGGUGCCUUUUUCUAAAAUGGUGAAAGACAGUUGGAGCACACAUUUACAUUACAUUUAAGUCAUUUAGCAGACUCUCUUAUCCAGAGGUCAUUAAUCGUAUGAAUUAGGCGUACCUCUUUUAAUUGAGCUGUUUUGUAUUCAUCUUAGAUUUUAUAUAUUGAAGUAAAUCAAAUGUUGAUCUC